CCGCCCUCCGCCCCACCCAGCCCCGGCCGCUCUGGCCGCGCACCCGGAAGCGGCGGCGGGGCCGCGCCAUGGCGGGGACGGCGCUGAAGCGGCUCAUGGCCGAGUACAAGCAGCUGACCCUGAACCCACCCGAAGGGAUUGUGGCAGGUCCCAUGAAUGAAGAGAACUUCUUUGAAUGGGAAGCCCUGAUCAUGGGUCCUGAGGACACCUGUUUCGAGUACGGGGUUUUCCCUGCUAUCCUGAGCUUCCCCCUGGAUUACCCCUUGAGUCCUCCGAAGAUGAGGUUCACGUGUGAGAUGUUCCAUCCCAACAUUUACCCAGAUGGGAGAGUGUGCAUCUCCAUCCUUCAUGCCCCUGGGGAUGAUCCCAUGGGCUACGAGAGCAGCGCAGAGCGCUGGAGCCCCGUGCAGAGCGUGGAGAAGAUCCUGCUGUCGGUGGUGAGCAUGCUGGCAGAGCCAAAUGAUGAAAGUGGAGCCAAUGUAGACGCCUCCAAGAUGUGGCGGGAAGACAGAGAACAAUUUAACAAAAUUGCCAAGCAGAUUGUGCAGAAGUCACUCGGACUUUAAGCUCACAGAGAGACUGAAGUGUUUUGUAUUUCUCUCCACCCAGAAACGAGCAGUGCUCAGUGCUGGUACCAAAAAGGAAAACUUCGUAAAACUAUUGGCCUAGUUCUUAUAAUUCGUUAUUUAUUUACCAUCUCUUUUCUUCCACUGCUCCAGAGAAGCCUCUAGUUCACUCACUAAAUUGUGUGGAAAAGGGAUUUAAAUGCUAGAGAAAAAUACAGAGACAAUGCUGUUUCCAAAGGCUGCUGGUUGCUACCUUACUUUGUGGUGUGGAAAGGAGACUUGGCAAUCUGCAGCCCUCCCUCACCCAUCUGAUGUAGGAGAGCAGUGCUGGCUUGGAUCCUCUGCUGGCAGAAUUAGUUGUGUUUUUAUAGGUAGGAUUGCAUCUGGAGCAGCAGUAGGCAGGAAUUUCUGUAUCCAUUCUGUGCUUGAUAGGUUAAGGGCAGCAGUUGCAGUCAGAUCUGAUUUGAAGAGUAUAGUUAGCAGGAGAGGCUGUAAAGCAAGGCUAUAGUCAGGGUGUGUUAGCAAAGAAAGGAACUUUGAGGAGUGAGCUGUGAGGACAGGCUGGGGGUCUGGAAUGGCCUGGUGUUCCCAUGUAACACUGUGAGUUUGUACUGAGCCUUUGAGUCAGUGUUGGCUUGGCAGAAAUCCCAAGAGCUGCUUUAUUACCCCUUGAAGACACUCAUUGUAACCUUUACACUCAGUUAGAGGCACAAGGUGUAAAGGCUGGAUUGUCCAAGUUCACCUGGGCGAGAUAGAUCACUGGCAGUUGGACAAUCCAGUGAGGAUGUGUUUGCUCUGGGUAUGUUGGUAGCUCUGCAAGGAUAUCAGCUCACUCUGGUGACACGAGUGGUGACAGGACUUGGCACUGCCUUGCCAUGACAGCCCUGUCUAGAUGAGCGUGAUGGACUUACAAAAACUGCCUGUGAUACUCUGCACUGAGUGCUCUUGAGUAUUAAAUAGGAGCCAGAGAGAGAAGGUGGGCUGUUUGCUGGAGGAAGGUAUGAUGUGUGUUUUGGACUGCAGUGUUGUAGCCAGUGUGAAGGGUGCAGGGAAUACCAGCUGGUCACUCCCUAAAACUGCUGAGGGGCCUCUGUGACCCUUCUGCUUUGCAAGCCAAUCUCAUGUGUAGGUCCAAAUUUCUCCAAUUCACUACAAGCAAUAACUUGCCCAUUAAUAGCACAUGGAAUCCAAUUUUGUUGGCAGCUUUAAAUGGGCUAAAUUUGACAAGGGCUGGUUUGGUUUUUUUUUAAUGUGAAAGAGUGUGACGUGGAAGGAGUCACACCAUGAGGAAAGCUUUACAGAGGUGAUGGUGUGCAUGUGUGUGGUACAACUGUUCAGCAUUUCUGUCGUGCUGUUUGUGCUGCAGGUUGCACUUUGCCAUCGUUCUGCACCUCUGAGGAGCUGUAUUGCUGUAACCUGAUUUUACCUCCUUGUAGAAGUAAUUGUGGCUUUGAUGUCAGGGUGGAAGUGGGACUGGACAUAGCUUGGGAGCAGAGAUGAUGAAAUAGUGUUGUACCUAACUAGUAUUUCAAGGCAUACAGGAAAAUGUAGCACUUUAUGCAAACUGGGAGUGUUUUCUGAAGUAGAGGGAGGAUUACUCCUGGGAGUCCUGCAGCCACCUUCGGGAACAACGCCAGAGAGCAGCAAAGUGGGGUUUGCUGAAGUGCUGAGUGUUUUAUUCAUGUGUGCUUGCUAAUUAUCUCGAUUUUAUGGUGGGAUUUAGUCUGUAUACUGGAAAUAAAAUGCUUAUAUUUUCUCCUUU